AAACUGAUGCGGACAGAAGAAGAGACGGAUGUCACCAUGACAAUAGGCAGAAGACCAGAGACAGAUGUGUCUAGAAAGUGUUUCCCUCAGGUAACAUGGGCAGACAACUGGGUGUUCAGACUGGGUGCAGCUGUGGUCCCUGAGUAGCUGUGCCUGUGACCAGUAUAAUACAUGGGAGACAGAUUAGAAAGUUUCUCUGCUUAAAUCCUUCAGAGAGGUUGGACGAAAAGGCUGAACACUUUUUAGAUCUACUGCAUUGUGAGAUGUCCCAGGAAUCUCAGAACUUUUACCAUGGAUACGGAAAGGAAGGGUUUGACACUUAGUCAAGAAGAUAGAGAUGAUGAGAGCAGUAAGUGUAGUUUUUCAGAACAGGUAGAUGGGGAUACACCUGAGGCUGUCUGUGGAGAGGGACAGGAACCACCAGGGAUGGAAAAAGACGAAAAGUGUGAGACACUACCCCAGUCAGAAGCAGAAACUACUUCUCUUAUGGAGGGCCAGACUAACCAUAAUAAUGCUGAAGAGUACAGUGAUGGGGUCAGAUUCUGCCAUGGUGACGAUGAUGAUGCAUGUACUAAAAGCCUGAACGUCACACCUGAGAAGACCAGCAUUGGUGUAAGUGAUGAUGAUCUGUCAAGUAAAAAACAGGUUCCUGAUCCUGAAGACAAAAUUAAUGAGCAAAAUUUUUGUCCUAAGAGCAGACAACUGGAAAGAGACCAAGCCUUAUUGCCAUCAUCAGAAACUACAGAAACCUUUGUGUUAGAUGAUGAAAGUGGACAGGAUAUGACAGAGACGAGAGCAAAUGGGGAUGUGAACUGCACUGCUGUCGACCCAGGUCCAGGAUCUCAUCUACUGACAUCUGAUGCCUCACUAAAAAUCUAUGAUGUGCUAAUGGAACUGAAGUUUGGCUGGUUCCAGAUCAAAAUGUUGGUGUUGACUGGUGGGGCAUAUUUCGCAAUGUGCGCUCAAAUUAUGUGCUUGGUAUUUUUAAGCACACCUUUGAAGAAGCAGUGGAACUUGUCAAAGUACAGCUUUUCUUGGUUGCCCUUCUGUACAGGUGUGUCGGGAAUUGUGGGCGGAUAUGUGGUCGGAACUCUCAGUGAUCGGUUUGGCAGACAGAAGCCAUUUCUGAUUAGCAUGCUGAUGUUUAUGGUGUUUGGAUUUGCAUCAUCAGCAUCAACGUCCUUUGGCUUGUUGAUAACUCUGAGGGCAUUUGUGUCCAUGGCCAUUGGAGGUUUAUCUGCCGUCAACUUCGUCCUCAUCUUAGAAUUCCUUCCCCGGUCUAAUCGUGGAUGUUUUAUGGUGGUCAUCACACUGUGUGGUGCCCUGGGUGCGGUGCUGGCUGGCGGGUUGGCCUGGCUUCUCCUGGAUAAGUACGGGUGGAGGGUGUUCCUCGCCACUUGUGCCAUUCCAUCAGUUUUUGUUGUACUUGUGAGAAUCUUUACCACCCAUGAGUCUCCACGAUAUCUGCUUACAAGCAACCAGACGGAGAAAGCUGUAAAAGUUCUGAAGCUUAUUGCCAAGGACAACAAAACAGUACUUCCUGAUGUUGAAAUCCUUGUGGACUGCCCACAAAACUCACAACGGGGACGCAUUCAGCACCUGUUCACCAAGAAGCUCAGACGCAAGACUGUGUUUGCUUCAUUUGUCUGGGUUUUGCAGUCAAUGGGUUUUUGGGGGGUGACAAUGUAUAUGCCAGAGUAUAUGAUGAAGCAAGGGGUGGACCCUUACUUCAGUAUGUUCACCAUCUUUAUUGGAGAAAUUCCGGGCUUGUUGCUGGCCAUGAUACUGAUUGAGCGUCACAUGUUUGGCCGUAUUUGGUGUUUGCGCUUCUUCUCCGUCUCCACAUGUAUCUGCCUGAUUGCUUUUGCAAUGGUCAAUGUAGACUUUCUCCGGGCUGUCUGUGCCGUUGUGUGCUACUUCUUCAUGGUACCCGUUUAUUCCAUCCUCAACACCUUCACCCCCGAGAUUUACCCAACCCCUGUGAGAAGUACGGCCAUGGCGUGGAUGAAUAUCAUUAUUGAGAUUCCCAGCUUAGUGACUCCAUUUGUCGGGGAGACCCUUUUGUCCAGUCAGAUUCCCUGGCUUUAUCCCGUUGUCUGGGCAGCUUGCUUCUUCCUCCAACUCUUGUUUUCCUUUGGGUUGAGGACUGAGACUGCUGGUCGUAACCUUGACGACAUCUCUGGCAACACUAGUCCGCAGUCUGAUCUCAGCGAAUCUUCAGAGUCAAAUGAUCCAAUCAAGACAGGGAUUAUUGGUUGUGAAGUGAAACUUCAGCUUGCUCAUUCCACAGUCUCUGAUAACUCGGACAGCAUGGGAUGUGAAUUCUUCUGAAGACGCAUGUCCUUGAGUUCAAGUUGCACUUUUAUUCUGAUGAGUUUAGUCUCCAAACUGUCAUUCCUAGGACCACAUGUUUACGUAUAAUCAGCAUUAAUUCAUUUAUUUUACAAAUAUUUUAUUUUUUUUAGCAUUCAAUUGUUUUAUAUCAUAAUGAUGUAUUGUACAUGUUACGAAAUGAACACAGCAGUUUUCAUGACAUUUUUUUUUUAUGAAUCCAGGUCUCUCAGUGAUGAAUCAAAAAAUAUUUUUAAGGAACAAACCAAACAUGUGCCAGUAUGAGCUUUGUUCAGGUAACCAUAAACAUGUGUAUUCAGUUUUUGUAUGUGGAUAAUCACUCUGUAGAAAUAUGUAGAGUCCGCUUUAAUAAUUUUGUGCAAAAAGAUAUGUGGUCCAUGUAUUUCGUAUCAUCUUUGUAUCAUUUGUGUAAAAUUUGGGGAUACAGCACACUGAAUGUUUAUGUCCAGAAAUCUGCAGUAUGCAGAUGUGAUAUUCUGAUUAUUCAGUAUUGUUUGCAUCUCGAGUUUGGUUGAAAAAUUGGAAAUAAGGAGUAAUUAAGUCAUUAGUGCAUUAAGAGGAAGUAGAAUACAUGUACGCAUGUCUGUCUCUGAAAGGCAGACUGUUCAAAAGGUAUUGAGCUAGCUCUACUAAUGGGAGUGUAGAGACAUUAGUCACUGUGGUCCACUCAUAUUAAACAAUAUGUGAUACCUUCCUCAUACAGGAACUUCUCACACCUUCAGGCAUAUAUAUAUCAUGUGUUGUUUAUGCAAUGGUACUUUGUGUGUACAAACAGAACAACAUGUUAAUGAUAUAGGAGUGAGCUGAGGUGUUAAUUUGGUGUCGUGAAGUAUUUGUGAAAUGCUAUACAUGUAGUUGAUGUACAUGUGUGUAUGCGUUAGAAUUAUACACUGCUACAGUGCUUGAGUGUCACCCAAAUGUAAUGCAGUGCUUGGCAUUUAGAAGUACCUGUAUUACCUGUGAAGACAAGAAUUAUACAUGGAGUAGAUGUGAGCAGUCUGUAAUAUCCAACCAGUGUUUCAAGUUAUGAGGCAAACUUGGAGUUAAUUUAAGAGAUUCACUUGUUUGCCCAUUUGUAUAAGGGCAGAGUUUUAACUUUAUUUUCAGAGGUUUGGUAGAUGCCACUGUUUGACAGAGAGUCUCACAACAAAAAAUAUGCACUGGAGUCACAAUGUUCAUACGUAAAUACGUUCUACAGCAAAUUAUGUCAGACUAUGUGGAUGUAUAUACAUGUAACAGCGUCAGCUUCUGUAUGCACUAGGUCAGCAGUUUCAAGCACAUGUUAGGUCACUCUUAUUUAAUUGUUUCUCAUGACUCCUGCAUGUAAUAGUCAGGCAAAGUUAUUAAAUAAUUAUGUGUAAAGGCGGGAUUGACCCUUUAAAACAGAAUUUUCUUUAAAUUCUAUUACAUUUUGAUUGAAAAGUAAAUAUUAUGACUCAAUAAGCAUCUCUAUUUUCAUAAGCAGUCAUAAUAGAUAAAGAAUAAAAUUAACUACAUAAAAUGUAUAUAUGGCCUGACACUCGUGCACAGUAGAAAUGACAGAAAGACUCACAUGAAAUCUUAUAUUUGUGUGAUAUUGCCAUUGGUAUGUGAGGAUAGGAAUCUAUGAAACAGUUUUCACCUGAUAUUAAACUGAUAUGAUAUGCGUUGUAAUAUUAAGAUAGACGUCUAUCUUAAUCCCAGGUUUAACAGCUUUUGUAGAUUGUUUUGGUCAUUAUGGGUAACAGGACAACUACAUGUAGUUGUGACAUUUACACCAGGUUAAGUAUUUGCGCUUUUGUUGUCAUAUUUUUACAUGAAAACCUACAUGUGGUUGUUUUUUUUUUUCAUUGGUUUUGUAAUGGUACAUGUACUUCCAUUUCCACUUGAAGGGAGAUUUCAAACUGCGCAAUUACACUGUAGGAGUCUCACUUCAUUUGUGUGUUUUUAUUCUGUAUGUUUUCCACAUUUGGGUGCAUUUAAAUUUUCUGUUUUUUUUUUUUUUUUUUGAAUAACUCACAUAUUUAUUUUGUCAAUUUGAGCUAUUUAUUACUACAAUAGCAGGAAGUUUACACUGGUAGUAAAGAAAAGGUGCAUGUAACUCUACAAAGUGUGCCAUAAUGCUUGUUCUAAUUUACAACUGUAAUACAGGGUUUAAUGCAUUUAUACUAUUAGUGUAAAUGGUAUACUCUAGUACUUUAGUAUAAAUGGUAAUAGUAUGGAUCACUUGAGAUGGUCAGAACACACCAGUUCUCAGUUCUGUUGACAAAGAUACAUUGUGAAAUGCACAUUUGUCAAAUAUGUGGUAAUUAAGGCAGAUAAGCAUUGAUUUACAUGUGUAAUGUAUGAGAUAUUCAGAGAAGAGUUAAAUGCUAAUUUAUUGUGUUGUAAUAAAACAGAGCGAAUCAGU